AUGGCGGCAUCAACAUCUGAGCCUUUUGCCGCUCGCUGCCUCAUGUAUCUUACGGGUCAGCACAACGUGAUUCCGUCAGAUUCUGAACUAUUGAAAGAUAUUACGCACGUGGCACUCGCGUUCAUGAGAUCUGGUGUCUUCAACUCUGUGCAUCACUCCCCAGAAUUCGUUCUUUUCACGACUGUGGGAGCGGUGCGAGACAAAUUUCACCAGGGAACCAAGGUCAUGGUUGCUAUUGGUGGUUGGGGAGACUCUGAAGGAUUUGAGGAAGCAAGCAAGGGUGCCGAAUCCAGGAGAAGAUGGUGCGAGAACGUCAAAAAGAUGAUCGACCAGACCGGUGCGGAUGGUGUCGACAUCGACUGGGAAUACCCUGGUGGCAAUCGUGAUGACUACAAAAUCAUCCCAAAUGAGAAGCGGAAGUGGGAAAUUGAAGCAUUUGUGCAGCUGUUGACCGAUUUACGCGUCGCAAUCGGGAACGAGAAACUACUCUCUAUUGCAGUCCCGGGCCUUGAGCGAGACAUGAUGGCCUUUACGGAAGAGACAAUACCCCGAAUUGUCAACCAGGUUGAUUUUAUCAAUGUCAUGACGUAUGAUUUGCUGAACAGGCGUGACGUCUUGGUUAAGCACCAUACUGGUGUAUCUGCGUCGUUGAAAUCUGUCGAGUCUUACAUGGCACGGGGAGCACCAGCUCAUUUGCUUAACUUGGGGCUCGCUUAUUAUGUCAAAUGGGCCAUGACUGGGAAUUGUGAUCCGGACCAUCUGUUGGGCUGUCCAACGCAAUUGUUGGAAGACCCAGAGACGGGUGCUGAUCUGGGCAGGAUUUCUGCCUUCAGCUGGCAUGACAAAAUACCAGAAGAGCUAGAACAAUCAUUUUCCCGAGCCAUGAUAAAUGGCGAGUACUUUGACGACGGCAGCUUUGGCUACUGGGACGUUGAUGAGACCCGGUGGUGGACCUUUGACACACCGUGCGUCAUUGACCGCAAGUUCAAGGACAUUGUGCGACGAAAGAGACUUGGAGGUGUUUUUGCAUGGGGUCUAGGCGAGGAUGCGCCGGAAUUCUCUCACCUAUCAGCAACAUUGAAUGGACUCCGGGGCGUGAAGAAGGCAAAUACAGGAGAAGCAGCAGAUAAAGACGAGUUGUAA